CGUCCGCUGCCCGCCCAGCGCCUUCCCGCUCUCUCUGCCGUCGCUGCCCGGCUCUCUGGCCGCUCGCUCUCCCUCCCUCCCCUCCCGUCCUGCCCAGUCCUGCCCGGGUUGCCCGGCUCCAGCAGGCCCCCCCACGGCCCGCGUUCCUAUGGACAGACGCACAGACACCUGCAGGAAAGACACUGCUGAUCCUGUAACAUGGAGGACUGCCUUCAUACCUCAUCUGAGAAUCUGUCCAAAUUGGUCAGCUGGGCCCACAGCCAUGGGACUAUUUGCAGCCUCAUCCCUAACCUGAAACACUUGCUUUCGGAAGGUUCCCAUGGGAACCUGACCGCAAUGUGGGGCUGUAGUGCCGGGCAUGCUUAUCACUGGCCACUGACAGCUACUUGCAGAGCUGGGUCCCAGGAAAGGGUCUGUUUCCAGGAUAACAGAAGUUUUAACUCCGAUAGUCCCAGUAUAAUCGGAGUGCCCUCUGAGACACAAACUAGCCCAGUUGAAAGGUACCCUGGGAGACCCGUGAAAGCGAAGCUAGACUGUAAUCGGACCAGAGACUCUUGUGACUUCUCUUAUUGCAGUGAGCCCUCUGAACUGGACGAAGCUGUUGAAGAGUAUGAAGAUGAAAACACCCUGUUUGACAUGGUUUGUGAGUCUUCUGUUACAGAUGAGGAUAGUGACUUUGAACCCCCAACCCAAAGGCCUCAAAGCAUUGCUCGAAAAAGGCCUGGAAUAGUCCCGUCUUCUCUCCAUUCAAGCUCCCAGGCUCAGAUGGUUGAUGAAUGCAGCAGCGAUGUCAUCAUCAAGAAAAUCAAACAAGAGAUUCCUGAAGAUUAUUACAUUGUGGCAAAUGCAGAGUUGACUGGAGGAGUAGACGGACCGGCCCUGUCGUUGACACAGAUGGCCAAACCCAAGCCUCAGACUCAUGCUGGUCCCUCCUGCGUCGGCUCUGCUAAGCUAAUUCCCCAUGUAACAUCUGCCCUCAGCACAGAGCUAGACCCACAUGGUGUUUCUGCAUCUCCCUCUGUGAUGUCCAGACCAGUGGUCCAGAAGACCGCCAGGGCACCUCUGGCUUCACCAAACAGAGGGCCCUCCGGUGCGCAUGGCACCAACCAGCAGGUGGCCAUGCAGAUGCCUGUGAGCACAUCCCAUCCUAACAAACAGAUCAGCAUCCCCUUGUCUGCCCUGCAGCUGCCUGGACAGGAUGAGCAAGUUGCUUCGGAAGAGUUCCUGCCCCACCUGCCCAGCCAGGUCUCCUCCUGUGAGGUGGCCCUUUCUCCCUCAGUUAACACAGAGCCAGAAGUGAGCUCCAGUCAGCAGCAGCCCCAGGUGGCCCCAACCAUAACCACCGAGGCCAUGGCACAGUGCAUACCAGACCAGGAUGAAAGAGCAGCUGAGCUCAGCAGGGAGCAGAAUGAGAAAACCAUCCGGAGCACGCAGACUGCGCUCCGCAAUUUCCCCUAUUCCACUAAGCUCAACAAAUUUCCUGUAUUUAAUAUUAAUGAUGACUUGAAUGAUCUGUGUACCAGUGCAGUAAGCCCAAACACUACCAAAGCCACGCGCUAUGCCCUGAAUGUGUGGCGAUACUGGUGCAUGACCAAUGGGCUCAAAGAUCACACGGACAUCACCAAGAUCCCUGCAGUGAAGUUGAACGAACUGCUGGAGAACUUUUAUGUCACCGUUAAGAAGAGUGAUGGCUCGGACUUCCUGGCCACCUCGCUCCACGCCAUUCGCCGAGGCCUGGACCGCAUCCUGAAGAACGCAGGCGUGGGCUUUUCCAUCACCAGCAGCACCUUCAGCUCUUCCACCAAGAAACUCAAGGAGAAGCUGUGGGUGCUGAGUAAGGCAGGGAUGUCAGGUGCCCGCUCUCGCAACAUCAUCUACUUCUCCCUUUCCGACGAGGAGGAGAUGUGGCAGGCAGGGUGCCUGGGGGACGACAGCCCCAUCACUCUCCUGUCCACCGUGGUCAAGUACAACAGCCAGUACCUGAAUAUGCGGACACUGCAGGAGCAUGCAGAUCUGAUGUAUGGUGACAUCGAGCUGCUUAAAGACGCCCAAAACCAGCCCUAUUUUGCCCGGACAGACAGCGUCAAGCGGGAGAGCCGGAGUGGUUCCACUAGAAUAUGUCAUGGGGAAAUCUACCACGAGCAUUCCAGGGGACACAAACAGUGCCCUUACUGCCUCCUCUACAAGUACAUGUACAUCCACCGGCCCCCCACCCAGAUGGAGGCCAAGUCCCCUUUCUACCUUACCGCUCGGAAGGAGGCCAUAGACAUGGGCAGUGUGUGGUAUGAGGAGCAGAGGAUGGGGCUUCGGUCUCUCCGGGGAAUUGUUCCAAACUUAGCCAAGAAGGUCAAGCUGGAAAACUGUGAGAACUUCACCUUCGUCUCAUUUACUCAGGUCUCCAGGAGGCUCAGCUCCCACAGCUGCUGCCAGUGAGCCUUCCUGGGUCCAGGCCACUGCUUUGACACAGCCGGCAGUGACCGUGACUUCAUGGCCAGGCCGGUCUCUGUCAGUGUGACCUGCUAUUUCUUUGACUUUGGGUUUUUUUUUUAAGCUGAAAGUAGAUGAGUCUGAAUAAUUAGGAUGUUUUAUCCAAAUGUGUGUCACCUUUGUUAAAUUAUAGAAUCUAAUACAGUGUGUAAUUGCUCCAUACACAGGAGCAAGGAAGUUUAUUUUAUCUAGUGCCUUUUUAGCACAGAUUUUCUCAAAAAAAAAAGGAAACUGUUUAAUUAGUGAUUUUUUAAAAAUCCCAGUAGCCUAGUAGCUUUAGAAUGUUUAGAAGACUAUAUACACCUUAUUAAAGUACACUCACAAUGAAGAACCAGAGAGAGGCGGCAGACACAUUAACUGUUUCCGGAAGGAAAAUUGCACUCGACACCCCUCUUUAUCUUGUGUUGAUGGAUAACUCGAUUCUGCAGAGCAAGCAGCCUUGCGUGGCAGAAGGUGCUGGAGACUCACUCGGUCACGCUCUCAUCACUGGGAGAAACUUACCUCUGCGUCGUUAGAGGCGAUUUUACGAAAAAAGACCAAUGCGCCAAAAGCUGUGUGUGAGAGCAAGGCUUCCAGUAAACUGGGGGUUUGUGCGGUGAGGGAAUUUCCAGUAGCGAAAGACAGCGGCUUGGAAAAGCGGUCUGUGCUCAAACGUGACCACCUCCUGAAGCAGAAGUGCCUACGUUGUGUUUCUCAGCACCAUGGGAAAGCUCCUUUCAUUUGAACAUUUUUUUUGGAGUCUUUUAAAAAUCUGUUCUGUGUGUCCUACAGUGUGUUUGGUCAGCAUAUAGCACUGGAUCUGUAACACAAACUAAAGGUAGUUUUCAGGCGGACCCAGGGAAACCCAACAAAACAAGCUACAAAGGAAACAAAUCGGAAAAUGUGUUCAUUAAAGCGCAUUGAAACAUUUUUGUCCAAGUAUGACUCAGCCACAGUAGAUUUCAUCAUUGCAGGUUGGCACCAGUGUUUGGGGCACGAUGCUGUAGGCAGCUGACCAGGUAAGCAAACCCAGCGUUAAGGACAUAGCUGUGAGAAUCCAAGCGUGGUGAUAGGGUAUUCAUGCAGUUUGAAACCAUCUCACUCAGGUAAAAUCCAACCUGACCACUUGUGACUGAGACAUCAGCAGAAUUUUCCAGAAGCUACCCUGAAUGAGAAGUGAGAAAUUUCCCUAAAGAGUGCUAGCUAAUAAUAAUAAUUUCUAGGGAUCCUUCUUUCGCAUUUGAAGAAAGACUGCUACAACUUGAUACCAUUACGUUCCUUGUGUAUGCUUUCUAAUUCAAAGUUAAAAUUCCAAUAUAAGUUGGCAUUGUAGGAGUCCUAAAAUCAGUCCUAUUACUCUUCAAAAUAUUAUUUUAGGAUUUAUUUUAAUUGUUUUCAAAAAUCAUUCACUGGUCACUGAAUACUUCCUUUUUCAGAGGAGACUCAGCCAAUGCUGCCUUAAGGGUUAAUGUUGUUCUCUUUGUAGUUGCCACACAUUUAUAACGUUGUUUACUAGUUGAUCUGCCCUGAAUGUAGAUUAACUUUGGUAUGUCUCCAUUUGUAUGUAAAUAACAGGUAAUAUUUAAAACCCAGUGUUACGACUUCAUGGUGCAUACUGUUCUAUUACGGUUUCCUGUGGUGAUUUUAGGGUUUUGAUUAAAAGGAGAUCCAAAACAUUAGGUAUAGUUUCUUUUAGUUUGCUAAACGUCCAAAGGAUAUGUUGUUUGUGGAAAACGGAUGGUCAUUUUUUUCUCGUCAGUUCUGCACUUAAACAAAAAUAGAACCUAUAUGAUUUGUUGGGCAGAGACUGCAGCCUGUUGGCAGUUAAAUAAAAUCUCCAUUUUUAUUUAAAUAGACUCAAGAAGAAAUUGCCACCAGGAAUCACUGGGAUCUUUUCAGAUUUCCAAAGGUUGUAUAAUCUUUGUGUUGACAGUGGCUUUUCAUCAGCUGAGGAACCAACCAUCUCUCCUAUUUGGUACUUACUACCUUUGGUGCCGUGUAAAUCCCCAGAGUUCUGAAGCGAGUGAUUAUAAUAAAACAUCAGGGGCUGGAAUCUUCAGUGAUGGCCGAUGAAAUGAAAGAAUUGUCUCUCAGCAUUCUAAAUGCCGUUCAUGACAUGCCUCCUUGGGGAAAAGGAGGAAGAAAAUGCAUUUAUCAAAUGCUGUUUUGGGUACUUUGUGAUGUGUUUGUGUGGAGGUGUGUGUGUGUGUGUGUGUGUGCGCGCACACACACGCACACACUUUAAAUUCCUACGCGGUAACACGUAGUGAACCUGCUAAAACAGCCAAGCCCGUAUCCAUGGCUGUGCCUGUGCUCAGGAUUCGAGGGGCAGGGCAGCUGGCUCCAAGGCAGCUGAUCUGCCUUUGCAGAUGGCUCUAAACCACACCCACUGGGGGCUCCACAGUUUUCUACUCUUCUCCUGAGCCAGGAAAAAGAAGAAUCCCAAGAAAAAAAGUGGGGGAAGUUGAGUGUUUUCUCCACUUGCCUUUAGUUGUUUUUUUGUUUUCGUUUGUUUGUUUUUACUCAAAAGUGGGUAUGAAUAUCAGGAAUUCGCCAGUUCCCCGAGGCACAGCUGCCCCUGGCUCCUCGCCAGGAGGGCCUGCGGAGUCACUGGGUGCCCUCUGCACCUUCCGCACCUGCUCUGAAGUGAGCCCUGCUUCCUCGGUACCUCCUCCCUGAGUCCCUCAGUCUCCCCUGGGACGUUUAUUCUGCCUGAGAGAACAGGCGUCAGCUGGAAGGGUGUGAUUCAGUUAACUAUACAGGGUCUAGCGCAGCACUAGGCACACAGUAAGCAUGCAAUAAAUGUGAGCUGUUUUAGUUACAACUCUCAGUAACAGUAAUAACUAAUAUUAUUCAACUGAUCUGCAUUGUACCACUUAUUUCUUCCAUUUGGAGAUUUUCUUCUUUAAACUGUUGAAUGCGAAGAGGCAACCAAACCUUAUAAUCUGGUUAUAUUUAUGCCCAUCAAUUCUACCUCCAAUACAGCCAGGACCUAAUACCUCAGAUAUAAGCAAAAAUAAAUGAAGAAUGGAGAAAUGUCAAGAAACUUCAUAAGAAAGCUCGUUCAUUGUUUAGUGUGUUUGCAAAGGGGAAUGUUAUGGAAAAACCUGACCAAAGUUGUGACAGAAAUGGUGGCAAUUUCCAUGGAUUAUAUACCUAUGCUGUGUUCAUCUGCCCUGACUGAUAAAUGGUGUUUGAAGAAAUGCAGGAUUCUGUUACUUUGAUUUUUAUUUUAAUUUAGCCUUACUAAAAGCAUUAAGCCCUAUACUACUCUCUCAACAUGUUCCUAGACGGUCAUGGGGAGAAUCUGGACAAAAUAAUGUUCACGGAGAAGCUAAAGCCUCUUGUUGUAAUAGAAGGAUCACUAGCCUGGGACUCCUUGGUUGCCCACUUGGCAAGUUCUGUUCCCACUCUACGGCCAAGGAUACAGUGGGCCCAGGCGAGGGGGUCGUCUCCAAAGUGAACAAUGUUGCACUUCUGCAGCUGGGGCGGGGCAGAACUAGGGAGCCGAAUUCCUAACCCCUCAAGGUCACAGAGUGAUUCUUCUAAGUUAGUGCGUCUCGCUGGACUGGAACGCUUUCUCUAGGAAUAACAGUUUUCUUGAAUUUUCAAGUUUCACAACUUCUAAAAUUAUCUUGCUAUCUUUAGGCAGCAGAAGGUUGGUUAUUUUUCUGUUCAGGCUAACACUGACCACAUGUUACUGCUUAAAUAAAGUAAACAGAAGAUUCGCUAUGCUUGUCCAACAGGCACCGCUUUGCUGCUUUUAUUGGACUCUGGAUUGCUGAGCAGUUUUGAGCUAGUCACCAGUUCACUUCAGGCAUCAGUAAACGCAAAAACGAAGACCUCCAAGAAGAGUUACCUCAUUGUCUCCACAUGAGCUGCCACUUGGUCCAAGUUAAGGCCCGUGCAUAUUUAGAAGCUGUUAACAUACCGCCCUACAGAAAAGAAUACAUUAAAAGAUUCAGACUCAUAUGUAUCUUUUAAGUGUUUUUGCUUUGGGGUUAAUUUUUCAUGCCCAGUAUUAAAAGAGAAACGUUCAGCCACUUAGGCAGUGGUAUUAGGUAAAAACCUUUGUUGUGUUUUCCAUAUAAAUGAAUGGCCUUAGCCUAAACAUGAGGGGGGGGGGGCUCGGCGGUGACCGAAGGCCAGGCCCCCUUUCUGAGAGAGGAGAGGUCGUGUGGGAUGAUAAACAAGCUCAUCUCCGGAAAUUACAUGCCCUGUAUCCACGUGUUCUGACCUCACAGGGUUUCCCAGAACUCCUUUCGGGGAGGCUGCCCGUCCUUCUGACAAAGUUUGUCUGUUCCUGUGACGAUGCUGGUUCUGAGUACUGCUCGUUCUUACCAGCCAAGAAAUCCAGAGAAGUUCCUCGUGUUUAGCGGUUAAUCAGAUCCAUUUUUAUGUAAAUUAAAGUGCUUUAUUAUUUACCAAGUGCAGCUCAUGUAGAAAUUAAUAAUUUCAGGAAAUAUUUAUCAAAACCAAAAAAGGAUCCCUGGAUUCUGUGUAGGUGUAUGUUGCUUCCAUUACUGUUAAGAGCAAGUAGACACACCCCUUUCCCCCACUGAGAUGAGAAUGGGCUCCUAAAUGUUUUAUGAUCCAUAUAACUGAAUUGUUUACUUUGUAGUUGACUGUAGUUAUUGUCACUAUUUGUUCAAAUAAGUUUCUAGAAGGUUCGGAUUUGACUAACACUGUAGCAAGGUGCUUUCUUUCCACUGCUCCAUUCUCACUCAGUUCUCACAUCAGCUAUGCAAGGUAGGUCUGAUUACUGACCGACAGGCCAGAUUUCCCAAAGUCUCACAGUGCUCAUAAACCGGAGAACUGACAUCUGGACCCCGCCCCAAAUCCAGUGCUCAGACCAUCAGACGAAACUGCCAUCUUCAGGCCCACAAAAGUCCAUUUAUCACAGAGACUU